UCCUCAACACCACACUCUUUGCUGCACCAAACAUCCAUGCAUGGCUUUCUUGCCUCCACAAAGCAUAAAUACGCACCUAGCUGUAAAAUAGAUGCCGCACUCAUCCAUCCAUCCCUCUAUCGAUCAAGGAACUAGCAAGGUAAUACCAACUAACUAGCUACCUCGUGCAAUGGCCUCCUCCUCCUCCUUGCUGCUCGCCGCGGCGGUGCUGGCGGCAUUAUUGGCUGUUGGAUCGUGCGGCACCGCACUCACCUUCACGGUCGGUGAGGGCUCUAGCUCCACCAGCCUAAAGCUCGUCACCAAUGUCGCUAUCUCUGAGGUGGAGGUCAAGGAGAAAGGUGCCCCCGACUGGACCGAGCUCAAGGAGUCACCAACCAACACCUGGACGCUCGACAGCAAGGCACCACUUAAGGGCCCCUUCUCGGUCCGCUUUGCCGUCAAGAAUGCCGGAUACCGCGUUGUCGAUGAUGUCAUCCCUGCUGAAUUUAAGGCCGGCUCCGUCUACAAGACUAGCAUCCAGAUUUGAGUAAUAGACAUACAAUAUCUUCUGUCGCAUGGAAAUUAUUGACAUCUGAAUAAUUACCUUAAGAGGGCAAAUAAUCAAUUUUCUAUGGUUGUUUUGUGACAAUAGGCCAUAGACAGAAUAAAGCAUAGCAUGCGACCUUCCUGCAUGUUGCUGUGAAGCUAUAUGUACUCAUGAUUUUGGAUUAAAUUGUUUAUAAGAUUUAUUGGAAAUGGCACAUAUAUUUGGUCA